GAAAUAUAAAUACGGUGCUGAAAACUGCAGCUGGGAGCAGAGAAAGACCCAUUACCCCAAGGCAGAAUGUGGAUUUUAAUUCUCCUUGGUGGUCUGGAACUUUGUUGGGCUCAGUAUAACCCAAAUACACUGCCUGGAAGGACAUCUAUAGUUCACCUCUUUGAAUGGCGUUGGGAUGACAUUGCUCUUGAAUGCGAACGUUACUUAGCACCUAACGGAUUUGGUGGAGUUCAGAUCUCUCCUCCAAAUGAAAACGUUGUCAUUACAACACCGUGGAGACCAUGGUGGGAAAGAUACCAACCUGUGAGCUACAAGCUCUGUACACGAUCUGGAAAUGAGACUGAAUUUAAAGACAUGGUAAACAGAUGUAACAAUGUUGGAGUGUACAUUUAUGUGGAUGCUGUUGUCAACCAUAUGUGUGGAGCUGCUGCUGGAUCUGGCCACCAUUCUACAUGCGGAAGCUACUUCGAUUCCAACAAGCGAGAUUUUCCCGCUGUACCGUAUUCUGCGUGGGAUUUCAAUGACGGGAAAUGCAGAACCUCCAGCGGAGAGAUAGAAAAUUACAAUGAUCAUGACCAGGUCCGGAACUGUCGCCUUGUGAGUCUUCUUGAUCUUGCACUAGAGAAGGAUUAUGUGCGUUCCAAAGUUGCAGAAUACAUGAAUCACCUAAUUGACAUCGGUGUAGCUGGGUUUCGCAUUGAUGCUUCCAAGCACAUGUGGCCUGGGGAUAUGAAAGCCUUUUUGGACCAACUAAAACAUCUCAACAUGAAAUGGUUUGCUGAAGGGACAAGGCCAUUCAUCUUCCAAGAGGUGAUUGAUCUGGGUGGGGAGUCCAUUUCAUCCAGCGAGUACUUUGGAAACGGCCGAGUAACUGAGUUCAAAUACGGCGCCAAACUCGGGACAGUCAUUCGCAAGUGGCAUGGAGAAAAGAUGACUUAUUUGAAGAACUGGGGUGAAGCCUGGAGUUUUAUGCCUUCUGAUAAAGCUGUUGUCUUUGUGGACAAUCAUGAUAACCAGAGAAGUCACGGAGGUGGUGGCGCUUCUAUUUUGACCUUCUGGGAUUCCAGGCUCUAUAAAAUGGGAGUUGGCUUCAUGCUUGCGCAUCCAUAUGGCUUUACAAGGAUCAUGUCAAGUUUCAGAUGGCCAAGAUAUUUUCAAAAUGGAGAGGAUAUUAAUUCCUGGGUUGGUCCCCCAAGUUAUGAAGAUGGAUCAAUUAAGUCUGUGACAAUUAAUCCAGACACAACCUGUGGCAAUGGCUGGAUCUGUGAACAUCGGUGGCGUCAAAUAAGAAAUAUGGUUAUUUUCCGGAAUGUUGUGGAUGGGCAGCCAUUUACCAAUUGGUGGGACAACAACAGCAAUCAAGUGGCAUUCGGUCGUGGUAACCAAGGAUUUAUUGUCUUCAAUAAUGAUGACUGGAAUCUGACUGCCACAUUGCAAACUGGCCUUCCCGAAGGAAUUUACUGUGAUAUUAUAUCUGGACAGAAGGAGGGUAAUACCUGUACCGGAAUUAAAAUCCAUGUCCGUGGAGAUGGCACUGCUGAUUUUAACAUUAGCAAUUUCGCGGAGGAUCCAUUUGUUGCCAUUCACGCCAAAGCUAAAUUAUAAUCUCAGUAUGAGAAACACAGUUCAGCAAUUUUGUUUUCCAAAGAAACGAACGUCUUCAAAAAUUCA